AAGUGGGGCCUGAGAAUCCCCAUGAGUCUGUCAAACAUAGCCAGGAGGUCACAGGGUUUUUGUUUGUUUGUUGUUAUUUUGUUUUUUGUAAUAGUAUGGGGAAUCAUAAUCCAACUUUCAAAGUUUAUUAUAUUUAUUAUUUUUAUUCUUAGUAAGUAAGUAAGUAAAAUUUAUUUAUAUAGCACGUUUCACACAGCAAAGCUGACCAAAGUGCUGCACAGAGUAAGGAAAAUAACAGAAACAGAAUUAGACCAAAUAAAAACAGACAAUGGACAAUAGAAAAAAUUUAUUAAAAAUUUGUUUAAACAAUUAAAAAUUUGAUCAAAAAGCCUGGCAGAAGAGAUAAGUUUUAAGCCUAUUUUUAAAAGUGGUAAUAGAAGGUGCAAGGUGGAUGUCCAGUGGCAGUUGAUUCCAUAGACGGGGGGCAGCAACAGCAAAAGCUCUAUCCCCCUUUGUUUUUAACCGGGAACGAGGGACAUGCAAAAGAAACCUAUCAGAAGAUCUUAGACAUCUGUUUGAUGAAUGUGGUUUAAGAAGAUCCUCGAGAUAGGAAGGAGCUUGAUUAUUAAAGAGUUUUAAAAACAAACAUCAGAAUCUUAAACUGAAUCCUAAAACGGACUGGGAGCCAGUGAAGCAAUGCUAAAAUUGGGGUGACACGAUCAAACUUCUUUGCCCUGGUCAACAGCCUUGCAGCUGCAUUCUGAACCAUCUGAAGACGAGCCAGAGAUGACUGAGGAAGACCCAAGUAUAAUGAAUUACAGUAAUCUAAGCGAGAAGUAAUAAAAGCAUGAAUAACCUUCUCCAAAUCCUGGAAAGACAAAAAUGUUUUGAGUUUCGAAAUAAUCCGUAGUUAAUAAAAACUAGUCUUAAUGACUGAAUUUAUCUGCUUGGUUAAGCAUAAUUCUGAGUCCAGAAUGAAGCCAAGGUUCCGAACCUGGGAAGAAAUUGAGGGAAAGUGAUUAUGGAGCUCGUUAAUGAGACCAUCUCUCAAUCUCAGGGGGCCAAAAACAAUUAUUUCAGUUUUGUCUUCAUUAAGUCGGAGGAAAUUAUUUGUCAACCAUUUUUUAAUGUCAUCCAGACAGUCCAGCAAUGGCUGAAUGGAGUCACCAGCUUUCAAAGGAAUGUACAACUGGGUAUCAUCAGCAUAUCAAUGAAAGGAGACAUUGUGAGCCCUAAUAAUAUUCCCCAACGGCCGCAUAUAUAAAUUAAAAAGAAGUGGGCCCAGAAUGGAGCCUUGAGGAACACCACUAAUAAUAGGACUAGAAGAAGAGCAGAAAUUACCCAACGCUACUGAGAAAGACCUCUUAGUUAUUCUUAGUUAUGAAACGAAUUUGUCUGAUUAUUUUAAUUGGUCAUUUAAUUAUGGUUUUAUUUCAGACCUCAAUAACUCAAUCAUAUAGCCCAUAAAUACAAAUAAAAUUUUACCUAAUGUGUUCGAUCAGUGGAAAGUUCAAGAGUGGGGAAAAAACCCUCUAUGGCUUCAAUAUAUAGCCAAAUAUAUGUUAAUACAUUUAAAUAUGGAGCUUGAUAUGUGCACGUGUGUUGUUCGUAAAUCAUAACACCUGCCCCCUUGCACACCUUUAGAUGAAACUGGAAUGCAGACUGCACCCCAGGCCUCUUUACCUGGCAUCAGAGUGCUGACCUGUUAUGGAAAUCCUUAUCAGAAGAGUGGAGUUUAAUGGGGUCUAAACCUGGAAUAGGAUGUUCAAAAAGCACAUAUGGGUGUGAUGGUCAGGCGUCCACAAACAUUUGGGCAUAGUGAAUAGUUGGUAUACGUGUAAUGCACUUCUUAAUGAACUCCUGUUGUGUCUCGCGCAUGAAACUCGCUGCCUGAGGUAGCGUAACACAAACACCAACUACCCGUUACACCAAUAAAAGAUGUUUGAAAAUGUCACUUUUGUCUUUUUUUUUUUAAAUAAACAAUUUCAUAUAAUUUGCGGGUAUAAUAUCACACACUUCAUCAUCAAACCAGGAACUUUCCAUCACCAACACUCCUGAGAUUCUGAGCCGCCGUCAGUGGCGCGCGCUCAGCGCUUCUCUCCCCCAGAUAGCAUUUAGCUAAUAGUGACAGGUUUGUCUUGACGUUUUCUGUAAGAACGAUGUGUUUAAUAAUGUACCUUGCAUGUAAAAUAUGAACGUCUGCUAAUUUACUGAUUUUACCACCUAUAAAUACUUUACACUUGUAACAUCUUCUUUUCAGGAAUAGCUGUUAUAUUUUCAGCUUUAGGUCGAAAGAUGGAAUAUGCUUCAACACACAGCAGUGUUUCAAUCUCUGACCUGAGCCCGAAUAUCACGCGUCCGAGUGUGGUCGGGAUUAUCAUUGGAAAGACUGAUGCAAGAGGAUUCCCUGACAGGAAAAAAGUUGGCUCAGAACGAUUCACUUUCAGCUUUACAAUAAAAGACUCACCAGACCAUUUCAUUAAUGUGUCUUCAUGGGGCACUGAAGAAUACAUUCAAGGGCUCUGCAGUCAUAUCAAAAUAGGAGACUGUGUUGUCAUUGAAAAUCCUCUUGUUGCUACUAAAGAUCCAGUGAAAGAGGACCGAUUCUGUCCCACAACCCCGAGUUUUUACCGACUGUUGGUGACAGAAGCUCACUCAGCCAUAAGAAUGUGUACAGAUUUAGACACCGAGAGCAGACUGCUUUCUGUCUUCCACAUACCAGUAAAGGACUCAGGGGAUUUCUACUCACUUGGAGACAUUACUGCAAAUGGACAAAGCCUAGAUGGGAACUUCAUUAAUAUUCUAGCUGCUGUGCGAUCAAUUGGAGAGCCAAAGUUCUUCACUACUUCAGCUGGACGAAAAGGGCAGAAACUAGAGAUUAAACUGUUUGAUGAAACUUUGACAUCCUUCCCUUUCAUAUGCUGGGAUGGAGAAACAAUUCAGUUUGUACAGACCCUGCCACCACGAGAGACAGUGCUCUUCAUAGUGGAUGCUCGCAUCAGCUUUGAUACUUUUCGUAACUGUAUGGUGGCAACAGCUACCUCAAAAACAAUCAUUACUAUGAACCCUGAUACAUUAGAAGCCAACCAGCUCUUCAGCUAUGCCAAGGAAUUAUCAGAAAGUGAACAGCUAGAUGAGCCACAGAUAGAAGUGAAUGUUAAUGUUCCCUUGGACUCCAUUAGUGAUGUACUGACUGUGAGUCAGGUUAAAGCCAGAGCCCAAAAAAACUCUGAAGCCUUUUAUGGUGUGAUAUAUGGGUUCAUCACCUCUUUAGGGUUAGAUUCUUGCAUUACUAAAGUCAUUCACAGCAGGUGUGACAGAUGCAAAUUUCGUGUCCAUGAGGAGAUUGAGGUCUGCACUAACACGGCCUGUCCAAAACAAGGACAAGAAGGUGAAGUCACUGCAGACUUUGAUCUGCUGGUGGAUAUCAGUGAUCAUACAGGAACUCUGCAGGGCUGCAACCUGUCCGGCACAGUCGCUGAGAAAACACUGGGAUGUACUUCCAAGGAAUUUGUGUGUCUCUCAGAGUCUGACCGGACGGCUAUGAAGUGGAAGUUUCUGCUGGAAAGAUGCAAAAUUUAUGUGAAGGUGUUAAAAUCAACAAAAAGCACAAGUGGCAUGAGGACAAGCAUCCUGUCUUGCACCCUUGCAGAUCCAGUGGAAGUGAAGCAGAGCAUGUCUGUCAUGACCAGCUGAGUGCGAGUGGGCCCACCAGUUCCUACUAAUACACACAGGAUAUGAGAUCAAAUAGUUUUAGUGUUCAUUAAAUAAGUCAG